CAUCCAAAACACCCCCCCCAAUUCAUCUACCCUCUCUUCACUUUUCUCUCUCUCUCUCUCUCUCUAGCUUUAGAGAGAGAAAAUCCGCAGAGAAGAAUAGCACAAAUAAAAUAGCAAAGGGUUAGGGUUUUUCUCACAGAGGCGAAAAUGUCUCACGCAGUGUUCCACACCGCUCAAUUCAUGCCCAUGAACACGCAGCUCCCCAAGAAGCCCAGGCUGGCGGGGCCCCUACAGCCGAUGAUUGCUCAGCCGCUCAAGCUCCGGCGGGGUCUGGCGGUCAAGGCCUGCUGUGCGUCUCCGUCUACUUCCGACUCGGUGGAGGGGCAGUCGGCCACCUUGUUGGAGCGCUGCUUCGUGGCGCCGUCGUCGUCGCCGGCCGCGAGCCGUGAGUUCGGUCCGGUUAUGAAGGGGCAGUACGGUGCUUUUGGUGCCGUGACGCUUGAGAAGGGGAAGCUGGAUAUGACUCAGAAGCAAUCCAAGUCUAGCCCUGAGCUGCAAACUGGGGGAGGUGGUGGAGAUAUUGGAAAGAAGAUAAAUCAUGGAGGUGGUGAUGGAGGUGACGAUGAUGGCGAUGAUGAUGAUUACUUUGAUGACUUUGAUGACGGUGAUGAGGGGGAUGAGGGUGGCCUUUUUAGAAAACGCAUGUUUCUUGAAGAGCUGUUUGAUCGCAAAUUUGUAGAUGCAGUUUUGAACGAGUGGCAAAAGACAAUGAUGGAUUUACCUGCCGGCUUUCGGCAAGCUUAUGAAAUGGGAUUGGUCAGCUCCGCUCAAAUGGUAAGAUUCUUAGCAACCAAUGCCAGACCAACCACUACUAGGUUCAUUUCUCGUUCACUUCCUGAUGGGGUAUCAAGGGCAUUCAUUGGCAGAAUGCUUGCAGAUCCUGCUUUCUUGUAUAGGUUUCUGUUAGAGCAGGUUGGGACGAUUGGUUGCUCAGUUUGGUGGGAAGUAAAGACUCGUAAGGAAAGGAUAAAGCAAGAAUGGGAUCUGGCACUUAUAAAUGUGCUCACAGUAGCAGCAUGCAAUGCUGUUGUUGUCUGGUCACUUGCUCCUUGUCGUUCAUAUGGGAACACAUUCAGGUUUGAUUUGCAAAAUACAUUGCAAAAGCUCCCCAACAAUAUAUUUGAGAAGAGCUACCCAAUGAGGGAAUUCGACCUGCCAAGGAGAGUUCAUUCCUUCUUCUAUAAGGCUGCUGAGUUGUGUAUGGUUGGACUAUCUGCCGGAGCAGUUCAAGGCGCUUUAUCAAACUUUUUAUCACAUAAAAAGGAGGAAAGGUUAUCGGUAACGAUCCCUAGUGUGAAAGCAAAUGCACUUGGUUAUGGUGCCUUCCUAGGACUUUAUGCGAAUCUGAGAUAUCAGCUGUUAUGUGGAUUUGAUAGAGCUGUGAUGAACCAUUUUGAUGUUAUUGGAGUGGCGCUGGUUCUAAGCACGGCAUUCAGGGUUUUGAAUAUUCAGUUAGGUGAGAGAUCAAGGUUGGCUUGGCUUGGCGUGGAGGCUGAUCCGCUGGUUCAGUCGGAUGAUCUGAAGGCUUACAGUAGGCCUUCUGAGAGUGUUGAUCGGUCCUCUCCAAAAUGGUUUAUAUCAAAGAAUGCUGUUGUAUCUGGACUUGGGCUCCUUGGCAUUAAACAAAGGAAUGAUGACUCUGUUGGUGAGGGGGAAUCUUCAGCCCCCAAGACACGUAGAAAGCGGAUUGUCCGGAAGAAGGUGGCUGCAUAGUUUAACUAAUGAAUCACCAUCAGAGCCCAAUUUUGUUGCCUGAGGGGGACACAACAAGCUCAUCAAAGCUUUAAACAAGAGCGUGUAGGAGGUGUUGGUGCAGUAAUUGAUGACAUCUCUGGUAGAGGAUUGCUGAAUGACGAAUAUAAGGAGACCGAUUUCUCAUUUUUGCUUCUAUAGUUCCUCUUCAUUUCAUUGUAAUGUGUUGACCUCAGAAGUUUAGUGAAUUGCUAUAUUUCAGUUUUAGGUAGAAACUUUAUUUUUGAAAAUAAGUGAAAUAUUUGCAGUUUCUGAUUUUAG